ACGCCUAGUAACUUCCGUUCUUGCUUGUCAGCUGAUCAAUCUUAUUCCUGUUUGACCGUACUCGAAAAUAUGUCUGGAAAAGAUAAACUUCCAAUUUUCCCCUCUCGGGGUGCACAGAUGUUGAUGAAAUCACGUCUGCAAGGUGCACAAAAGGGACAUGGAUUACUCAAAAAGAAAGCUGACGCUUUGCAAAUGCGUUUCAGAAUGAUUCUAGGAAAAAUUAUAGAGACAAAAACUCUUAUGGGAGAAGUAAUGAAAGAAGCAGCAUUUUCUUUAGCUGAAGCAAAAUUUGCCACAGGUGACUUUAAUCAAGUCGUCUUACAAAAUGUCACCAAAGCACAAAUUAAGAUACGUUCUAAGAAGGACAAUGUUGCUGGUGUUAAUCUUCCAGUAUUUGAAUCAUAUCAAGAUGGUAGUGAUACUUAUGAAUUAGCUGGAUUGGCUAGAGGUGGACAGCAAUUAGCAAAAUUGAAGAAGAAUUAUCAGAAGGCGGUUAAAUUAUUAGUAGAAUUAGCCUCUUUACAAACAAGUUUUGUAACAUUAGAUGAAGUUAUUAAAAUAACUAAUCGUCGUGUAAAUGCUAUCGAACAUGUUAUCAUUCCAAGAAUUGAAAGAACUCUCUCAUACAUUAUAUCCGAAUUAGAUGAACUGGAAAGAGAAGAGUUCUAUCGCUUAAAAAAGAUCCAGGAUAAGAAGAAAAUAGCCAAAAAGAAGACUGAUGCAGCUAGAGCGUUAAUGAUAAUCAAUGGUAACGAAACAGAAGCAGCAAACAUGUUAGAUGAAGGUGACGAAGAUUUGCUAUUUUAAACAAUGUAUAUAGUAUCAUCAUAUAUAUUUAAUUACUAAGAUUAAACCAC